AGCCGGCGCCAGACCGACCCUAGGCUUCGGCGAGGCAGUGCGGUUCCGCUGGGCGCUGCCGCACUACCUCAAGCUCCUGCUCCGACUCCGGCUGGGGCUGCUUCCUCCGAGUCGCGAUCUCUCGGUGUAUGUUCCACAUCUGACCGGACAAGAGAUAUGUCUACCCCGGCCCGGCGCCGUCUUAUGAGAGACUUCAAAAGGUUGCAAGAAGAUCCUCCAGCUGGAGUGAGCGGUGCUCCUUCUGAGAACAACAUAAUGGUCUGGAACGCGGUCAUUUUUGGGCCUGAGGGCACUCCAUUUGAAGAUGGAACAUUUAAGCUUACAAUCGAAUUCACUGAAGAAUACCCGAAUAAACCACCGACUGUCAGAUUUGUCUCUAAAAUGUUUCAUCCCAAUGUUUAUGCUGAUGGUAGCAUAUGUUUGGAUAUACUGCAAAACCGCUGGAGUCCGACUUAUGAUGUGUCUUCUAUUUUAACAUCCAUCCAGUCUCUGUUGGAUGAACCCAAUCCGAAUAGUCCGGCAAACAGCCAGGCCGCCCAGCUGUACCAGGAGAAUAAGAGGGAAUAUGAAAAACGUGUUUCUGCAAUAGUAGAACAAAGUUGGCGUGACUGUUGACCACAAGUGGAGUAAAAGAAGAGGCUGGUCAUAAAAAAUGUGUUUAUCACAUUAAUGCUAAUGUCAUUACAUUUACUUUACAAAAGCAAAUAGCUGUUGUGCUGUUUCUGUCUUCCUUUGCCAAGCUUUUUCUGCCUCUCUACUAUCCUUGUUGACAUGAGACACUCUAUGAAAUCCAAUGUACUGUACCUGGGUUACUUGCAAACAUUACUAGUGCUUAACUCUUCUGUUGUGUGUCUGUAGCCUCCUGGGCAGUUACCUUUAUUUCUGAGCUUUACACUAGACUUUUAAAAUGUUAUGUUCGUGGCUCUGAUGCAUAUUCUAAUGACCAGGAUUUACAUAUAUAUACAUAUAUGUAUGUAUGUAUAUAUAUA